GAUGUAACUCCUUUCCUCACUUAGGUGACACUCUGCAGGCUCCGCACUCACCAGUGGUGCUUCCUUCUGUUCAACGUCGUGCUAUUUCAUGCCUUGCUCUUUGGAGCUGACUUGGUGGAGGAAUACUUUUUACGUUCUUUGCCUCACGUAGAUAUGAAAAUCCUUGAAAUUAAGAACAAGGCAAGAAAAUUGAACAUGGACUCUUUAAGAAGCAACCCCUCCAAAUAUUAUGUCCUGAGCCAGCCCGAGGUGUGUAGCGGGAAGACCAUCUUUUUGCUCGCGCUUAUCUUCAGUAGCCCAGGGAAUGGAACAAGAAGGGAGCUCAUCAGGAAAACCUGGGGUAGUGUGACCAGCGUCCAAGGCUAUCCGAUUCUCACGCUGUUUGCUCUAGGGAUGCCGGCGUUGGUGACUACCCAGGAAGGCAUAGACGUGGAGUCUCAGAAGAAUAAUGAUAUCGUUGAAGGACUCUUCUUGGACAGUUCUGAAAACCGAACCCUGAAGGUCAUCUCAAUGACCCGGUGGGCUGUAGCCUUCUGCCCUAAUGCCCUGUUCAUCCUCAAAGCUGACGAAGAGAUGUUUAUCAAUCUACCAGGCUUGGUAGACUAUCUUCUCAAUCUGAAAGGACACUUGGAAGGUAUCUAUUUAGGAAGAGUUGUUCACCAGGAUAUGCCUAACAGAGACCCCCACAGCCAAGAGUUUGUCCCUCUUAGUGACUAUCCUGAAAAAUACUACCCAGACUACUGCAGUGGCGAAGCCUUUAUAAUGUCCCAGGAUGUGGCUCGGAUGGUGUAUGUGGUUGUGAACGAAGUGCCGAUUGUGGUGCCCGCUGAUGUAUUUGUAGGUCUUUGUGCUAAGUCUGUGGGCCUUGUACCCAUCCACAGUUCAAGGUUUUCUGGGGAAAGACAUGUCACAUAUAACAGAUGUUGCUACAAGUUCAUUUUUACAUCCUCAGGAGCUACUGAUGCUGAAACUGCCCUGGCAUGGAAAGAAAUGAAUGAUGGGAAAGAGUGCUCGCUGUUGGAGUCUUACUACAGUCUCAUUUCCUGCAAACUUCUGACAUACCUUCGCAGCUUUAAGCACGUUCCCAUGGGGGCUGCACGUGACAAUGCUGUGUAUUUUGGAGAUUAGUGUUCACUUGAUUUUAAGUGUCUUGUUUGUAAAUUGCUGUUUUCCCGUAAUAGAAGAAACCCUCUGUCCCUAUGUUGUGUAGCUUCUCUGAACUUUUAUUCAUACUUAGCAAAACCACAAAAUGUUCUUAGUGUUCUGAUGUACUCAACCUUGACAUCUUCUUUGUUGAUGCUUAAGACAUUUAAGUUAGGAUGGUGUGAUUCUUUUCAAAAUAAAAAUCUUUCAGAA